CUUUGUUUGAGUUUGAUGCCUGUGCUGAAGAAAAAUGUGCACAUCUGCUUUGUGGCUCAUGGGUGUUAGCCUGAUGUUCAGCACCUCUCUAAGCUGCUAUCAGUGCUUUGUUGAUACACAGGACACUAGUCGCCUGUGUAUGGGUCACAUUUUGACUGAAUACAACAUUGUAAAUGUUGAUAGCUGCUACAGGAAUCUGGACCGUAUAUUCAACAACGAUGAGAGAGUCAUUGAAGCUGGCAGAGUGGGUAAGGGCUAUGACAAACAGCUGAAAGAGAUUCUGAAUGCAGAGAUUCUGCCCAUGGUGGAAGAAUUCGACGGAAAGCUGAAUAAUGACGCAGUCUAUGAGAAAAGGUUGCAGACAGCAGCAGACAAUUUCAUCGCAGCUGCCUCCAAACUGCCUAGAGGUGAGACAUGCCACUGGAUGUAUCCCUCCAUGUGUGUUACUUUCAUGCACCCAUCAGGUUAUCAGACUGCAGACAAAAUAUACAACUGCAUUACCUGCAGUUAUGACUCCUGUGGAUUCCCUCUCGACUGUCCAGUUAAAGAAAUUAAAGUAACAGAGAACAGCAGGAGCAGAAUGUGGUGCGACGUGCAAUUCCAUUUACCAAGCGAUGUCGAGGUGAUCUGGAGCUUUGCAGAAAAGGUGAAAGCUGAUCAGGUGGAUCAGUUCAAAGAAGUAACUGCAGGAGUGGACAUGCUCUAUUCCAUCCCCUCAACCAGCCUGCAGCAUCAGGGCACCUACCAGUGUGAGAUCUACUCAGACAGUCGUUCCAUUGUCAGACUGUACUACUAUCUCACAGUGACCCCCCAGGUUGUGGCAGGCCACACAGAGCUGCAGGAGAUAUUCGACCUGUCUCUGCUCCCAGGAGGCCGGUUACUCCCUGCGCCUGGUGGUCCUCCCCACACCCUCCUCCUCCCCUCACCACUGCUUCUCAUCGCCUGUUUAACUGCUGUGCUUCUGCUGCUAUUCCUCUCCCUGGGGGCUAUGUUUUUGUCAACAUUACCAGAGCAAACAAGUCAUGCUGAACAAUCAGAUGAAGAUGAAGAUUUAGGACUCUGACAGGAGGAUACAUGUAGUUCAAUAAAAGCAUUUCAUCAA